AGCAAAGGUAAGUCGGCAGAGUUUAUAUUCGCUGAUGUCUACGGAAUAUACAUCACAAUUAUGGAAGAAUGGAGAAAAUCUUGUACUGCAUUCAUGGUCUUUGUUCGGGGAUUCGUAUACCGUUCCUCUUAUUUUGGUGGCUUACCUCAGCUUUGUAGUGUACAUAGGACCCAAAUUUAUGAAAAGCAGAGUGCCAUAUAAUUUAAAAAUUCUCAUCAUUUUGUACAAUGCGAUGCAAGUGUUGUAUAAUUUCUGGGCCGUGCAAUCAUCAUUAUUUGAACCGAGAUUUUGGAAAAAUAUCUUCCAAUUUAACUGUGCACAAAUGCAUCCGCAGGAAAGGCAUGACUACGAUAUCUUGCUAUGUUUCGGAUUUUGGCAUAUAAUGGUGAAUAAAUUAUUGGACCUGUUGGACACGGUCUUCUUCGUUUUAUGCAAAAAACAGAACCAUGUCACUUUCCUUCACGUACAGCAUCAUGUUAUGAGUGUUGGGAUAGUGUGGAUAUGCGGAAAAUAUUUCCCCGGACACGAAUUUUCAGUUGCAUUCUUGUGCAAUACGAUCGUUCAUACGAUUAUGUACUUUUACUAUUUGGUUGCUGCGUUGGGUCCCGCAUUCAAAAAAUAUCUUUGGUGGAAGAAAUAUUUGACAAUUAUUCAAAUGGUUCAAUUUGUGAUUAUCGGCGUAUAUGGGCUUGCAUCGUUACGGUUGAGUUGUGGAUAUGAUCAUCGAAUCGUUUACCUUAUACUAUUUAAUGCUACCCUGAACUUCGGUUUGUUCUUGAAAUUUUUCUUGAAAACGUACAAUCCAAAAAAGCAGACAAUUGAAUAAGUAUUCUAAGAACGAGCUGUUAGAAGGAUUUAACUAAAAUACAGGAACUGAACAUUGGUAC